AUGUUGGGUCUCGUCGUCCUCGAUGCGUCGUUCAACUUGGUGUCCAGCCUCAUUCAAGCACUCAAGUGGGAGGGCAUGAACGAGGAUGUUUCGCCGCCACCGAGUCCUAAAAUGUGUGCCGCUGUACACAUCACAAGCCCUAUCGUAUCCUCCCCAUCGACCUUACCCGCGCUCGAAUCUUUCCCAACCACCCCUCACUCUGUUCUUGGUCCACCAUCUGCCACUUUUGAUCCCUCAUCCAGUACCCUUGAUCUACUCUCCUCGAUUGAUACCGCCUGUUCCAACACCAUAUCCAGUGCCCAGAAAAGGAAACUCAAACGUAAUAUGUCCGCCAAGAACGCGCGCUCGAAACGGCGCGAAAAAGCUGCUGAAGCUUUGUCGUACCGUGUACACGCCUUUAGGGCAUCGCAGAAAGCUACAUCCCAGAAGACCCCCGCUUCGAUGUCGACCUCGGUACACUGCGAAAUCGACGUCCAUGAUCUUCCUGUGACGAGCACCGCUUUCACCGCCUUGGAUCCGCCACCCAAUACACGCAAGCGGAGACGGGCGUUUUUGAAAUCGCGUACUCGCCGCAAGCCGCAGCCGGUUUUUACCCUGGCUGACCUUGUAGGCCCCGAUUCCAAGUUUCAGUUCAAGCUAGUGAAAGCGACCAGCAAACCAACUGCUAUCGUUGACUCUGAAGACCGCAUCAUCGGCGUCGUCGCCAACCACCCAGAUGACAAGGAUUGGGCUCAACUCAUGCAGGAGGCCGCUGAUGCUCUCGAGUCACAUCGAGAUAGUGUUUCCCAGAACGACCUCAUUCAUCGACGUGGCGCUUUCAAAGCUCUUCGGUGUGGAGUUUCGUACGGUGGCGGUCAGGAAGUGCCAGGAAAUUUAGUUGAUGGAGACAACGCUGACAUCUUAAAGGCAUUGAACGGUAUGAAGGCGUUCAAACGUCUCGCGAGCUUUGCUUCCUCUGUUAUGUGUACCUGGGCCUCGUCGCUCUUCAACUACUAUGCCACGAUGCUCGACGGUCUCCACAACGAACACCGUCAUCUUGUGCGAAUUUUCCGCGACAGCAUCUUCAGUGCCGUUUCCUACAACUUCGGUCCAAGGACUGUUUGCUACAAACACAAGGAUUAUGCCAAUCUGGCCUUCGGAUUCUGCGCCAUCACGGCGCUGGGCACAUUUGAUUAUACAAAGGGCGGUCAUCUUGUUCUGUGGGAUCUCCAAUUAGUCAUUGAAUUCCCUGCCGGCUGUACCAUCCUUAUUCCUUCGGCUCUCAUCGCCCAUUCCAACAUUCCUGUGGCUGAACAUGAACGUCGAUAUUCAUUCGCCCAAUACACUUCUGGUGGACUAUUUCGGUGGGUUUCACACGGAUUCAAGACGCGGGAAGAUUACCUCGCGACACUUUCUUGCGAAGAACUCGCAGCGCACAAGGAGAACGACAGCAAAAGAUGGGAAUUUGGAUUGUCAAUGUUCUCCAAGUGGCAGGACAUGAAAGGACCCCGUCAUUCGGAACAUUAA